AUGACCUUUGAGCGCAGUCCUGUAACGCAGCACCCCUGGUGGGAACAAACUGCCAUGGUAUACCUCCUACAAUUUCCGUUUGUCCUGGCGGAGGCCCGGCGCCCCGGAGCCAAGGACCUGGCGGUUUUGGGCCCAGCGCUCGGCUUCGCCGCAGCCUGGGCGCCGGUCGCCCAGAAGACGAUCAACGGAUACCCGCCCCUGGUGUCGUCCGCGCUCCUGACGCACUCGACCUUCGAGCGUGGGGACUUCAUCGUGUCCUUCUCGGGCUGUAAGAUCUACUCCUCCCAGGAGGUGUGCAAUCAGCUCUUCUUGAAUUAUUUCUUCCAGGUGCACAGCCUGGAGGAGCUCGCGGAGGACCCCGCGCUGCAGCCCUGGCUCUGA